AUGGCGGACUCCUCGAACAGCAACUCUGUGUCCGACCUGAGUGCCUCCGUGGGCUACUUCCCCAGUGACGACAUCUAUGAAAACAUAACUCCCCAAGAAGACAGGCCCUCUACGAGUCCUAAAGUUCCCUUCCGCCCUCUAAUCCAAGGGAUGUGGGGUACUACACGCGCAUUGAGAGCCCUGGGGCAGCGAGGUUGGAUUCAGAAUGACCCAGAGCAGCUUUACAAAGUAAGCAUUGCCCUGGGCUGGGACACAGAUGGGGCCUCUAGCAAUUCAGACUCAACAGUUAACCGGAAUCUAAAGAUAGACAACAGGGAGAUGGACAAAGGUUCAGAACUGACCCUCGGCAAACUGGACAGUCUUAUAUAAAAGUUUGAGCGUUUUAUAGAAACGCAGGAAGACGAGGACAGUGUCUCUGUUUUCCAGGAAUCUACUCAGAAGGGAGAUCUGCAGCUCCCUAGCAGCUCCCCACCAGAGACGGCUCGGGUCAGUGAUCAGAAUCACAGGCCUGGUCAAGACUCGCCCAAUUUCCGACCACGGGGACAGGAAGACGUCACCCAGUUUCCACCGAGUCGGCAAAGGCUGCAGGAACCUGCACUCCUGGAGAUAAAGCACACAACUGAUAGCCGAAAGUCCUCGGCUAUAGAAACCUCCUCAAAUUCAUCAGGUCAACCAGAGGAAAGCAGUCUUUCCAGUUCACAAGCGCCAUGCUGUCUAAACUUCGGCUGGGUCUUCCGCCGGCUAAGGCAGCGAGUCUCCUCCUACCUAGUAGGGAGAGAGCACCCUGAGAGGGCCGCCAGGAGCCGCAGUCGGGUGACACGGAACAAAAGGUUCUCUCUCCGAAACAAAAUUCUUCCUCAAGAAGCCCUCGAGUUAGAGCACGAGUCGCCAUAG